AUGGCUUUCUACUUCGCACCGCGGUGGAAGCCAAAGCUUCUGGACAGAGGGGCCAUGUGGCGCUUUCAGCUGGGCUGGAGCAAGCCCUUGAAGCCUUUCCCUACUGCUCCCUACGUUGCCCUGAUGUUCGGGGGCUGUUCUCAAGCUAAGACGUUGACGUGUCGUUUGAAUGUGUGGGGGUUGCAGGAUCCAACGUUGGCUUGGAAGUGCAACCUCCAGAACCUGCAGCCCAGAGAUGUGCGGCACGGCGUCUGGGCGGCGCUGAACUACAUAGGGGCGACCGUGAUGUCUGCCUUCUUCCUCGUGUGGCAGAGCUUGCUCUGGACACGCAUGACGCACGACACGGCGGGCGAUAUCUGUCUGCAUUUUUAUUGUGUUGAGGCUUCCGGCUUCCCAGGGGAUGCCACCGACAAGAUGGAGUUGUUGGCAUACUUCAGCGCGGAAAUGGUUCGCCUUGGUCUGCCGGCAGAUGGAAUUGAGCACAUAUCCAUAGGCUACAAGUUCACUCCAGCUGAAGCCGUCUGGGUGGAGCAAGAAAUGGAAAGGCAUCUUGCUAAGGAGGAUGCGAAUGAUCCUGGGAGCCCAAGCCAUUGGCAAAGCAACCCCGAGCACACGCCUGCAUUGGGACCGCUGAGCCGCAGAACGGUAUCGCGAAGUGUUGGCGAGGUGGAGAUGAUGGAGCUGAAGGCAAUGACCGGCAACCUGAGUGACAGUUGCGAUAGCUCCGACGCAGAGGAUUCUGAUCCAGGCGGCUUUUGGGUGCAGCUUCUUGCGAGUGUCAUAUGCGGGACUCCGUUUGAGUGUCGCGAAACAUCUGUGGACCCGCAGACUCUGUGCCAAUAUGACAUCUUGGAAGAUCAGUCGGCCUUGGACCAUUUUCCAAGUUCAGGCCUUGUGUUUGUUGUUCUGAAGAUGGAGCCGGUGGCCGUGGCGCUUGCAAGCGCGCAGGUGUUGCCAGGCUGCUUCCGUGGAGUGCAUGAGAUCAAAGUCACGAGAUGCGAAAGCAGCCCACAGACAGUUCUCUGGGCCAACUUUCAUGUGGACUCCUGCACUUUCUGGAAGCGGGCAGUGCUGUCCUUUUUCGUGCUGCUAGCAGCCCUUGCAGUCUGGUUUGGCCUCUACUUUCCGUUUUACCGCCUGUCCAUGAGCGUGGGCUCGUACAACUUGACGACUGACUUGGCGGUUGGUGUGUCCAACUUUGCUGGCCUCUUCAUCGUGACUUGCUUUGGAAGUUUAUGCACUUGGCAACAGCUCCUUGGCUCACAAGAGUGGCUUCGAAGUCUUCCGGUCUUCUUCUGCGGACAUGUCUUCCACUUUGUGCGCUUGUCCUCUUUAAAAGAGGACUUCUUUGUACGAACCUCGGUGCUGAUGUUGGCGCCGCUGGUUUUGGUGCAUGGCAGUAGCGGUCGUAGCGCUGAUGGGCCUUUGGAUUGCAAGUUCAGGAGUGGCGAGCGAGGGGUCUUCACUUACAAUCGCCAGUCCAUUCGUAUGAUGGUUGCCAUGCCACAAUGUGCUGACCCUUGCUCCCAGGACAACAUGGUAUAUCUCUUGUUCCCUAGCUACGUGCUGCUGCCCUACUUAGUGGAGCCUGUGGUUGUCAUUGCAUUUGCACUUUACAUUGCUGUACUCCGCAUCAAGCGUGACACCCGCAUCACACCUGGCCAGGCAGAGGUUGCCAUGAUGGCACCGGAAACUGAUUUGAAGGUCCCACUCGCAGAUAUGAUCUGCACAACAUCCACCAUCAUCUCCACUUUUCUCCUUGGGCCGAGCAUGUACCACAGAAUCUUCUUUCUGCUCAUGAUUGUGUUCGUCGCAGUGGCUUAUGCCCAAUAUCGGAUCCGAGUUCUGCGCUGGGACUCGGCGUGCUUCCAAGGCACGAAGAGCUUGCACGUUUGCCAAGCGACGUACUGGUGUUUUCCUUUGGGCCUUCUCGCAGCAGCAUGGGAGCGUGAAUGGAAGGAGGUCCCGUUCAGUGACUUGACCACCGGCUGGCACCUUGGAUCACCUCAGUGCGGCCUUCAGUGGCCUUCAGCCUUGCAGAUCACGUUGGACAUACUUCCGUGCUCAGAGGCGCAUGAAACACAGAAGCCUACAAAAGGAGGUCUUGAGCCGGCGGUUCCCAGCAGUCAGCUGUCCUAUUCAGAGGUCGGCCUAUGGCUCUCAGCCAACUGGGCUGGGCACUCAGAUGCGACCUCCACGAAUCAGGUGGCAUGCACAGGUACAGCAAGCUACAUGUAUCAGCAAAUUGCCGAGUGCUCUUGGUCACAGCGGCGCAAGGCGGAAAGGCAGCGCCGGGCUUCAAAGUUCACUGCAGGAGACAAGGGCUUCGAGAUGAGCGUGCUUGCACACGUGCAUCAGGAUGCGAGCUCCCUUGCGCAGAUUCCGAGCUUCCCUCUCCAAGUGCCGCUGCCCCAUGUGCUGCCAUAUGCCAUCGUAGCCCAGGCACACGGGGCUGACUUCUCGACAAGGCGGGCCUAUUUCAUGCGUGCCAGAUCCGGUUCCGAAUCUGAGACAGGUUGGGAUUCUUCCUUCACCUUCGAGCGGUGCUGCAGCCUGACAGCUGUGAAGCGCUACUCGGACUUCAACUUUGCCCCGCCCCAGAACAUGCACUACGAGCUGUUGCACCUUGAGCGCGACAAUAAGCCCAGGCUAGGACCUGUGCAGGAUGAUGAAGCGCUCGUGCUGUACAGCCUUGUGCGCGCCUUACGCCCUCGAACGAUCGUCGAGUUUGGCACCUCGCACGGCUUCAGCGCAUUGAACUGGAUGCACGCGAUUGCCGAGGACAAAGAUGCCCGCGUCUAUAGCUACGACAUUUUGCCCUACCCCGCGGCCCGCGCGCUGGAGGACUCGGACCCACGCUUUGUCUUCCACCAAAAAAGUCAGGCCGACUUCGAGCCGGCAGACGUGGAUGGCCGGCCCAUAGACGUAGCAUUUUUCGAUGCCGGCCACCUCAUAGAGUACAGCCUGAAAGCUUUCGAGCGACUGCGCCCGGCAUUGGCUCCAAAUGCCCUCGUUGCUGUGCAUGAUACCGGCCUUCACGUCCGGGACUUUGGUUCUGGGGCACCGCCGGAGGCCAAUGCCGACACUUGCCUGAGAGCUGCGCUCGGCGUGCUGGAGGAGCUGCCCGCUGCCUGGGGCCGAGGAUUGAAUAGGACAACCGCGCAGUUCAUUGUCUGCACAUGCAGCCACGUUUUCAUGGCACAGCGCCGAUGGGUACUGGGUGCCACGGUGCUGCUCCUAUGGCGGGGCCUGGAGACGCUUGCGGAAAUUGAUGCGAGCGCGGCCCUGGCCGAAGCUUCGCUUCUGUUGCCCGCAACCCGACUGAAGUCAUCUUUGCGCAUCGUUGCGCUCCUUGCCAUUCCUUGGCCCCUCUCCUUUACUUUCCAAGGCAAAGGCAGGGGCGCAGGGCGAUCAAAGCCCCACGCCGAGCUGAGGUUUUCGGUCCUGGCACAGCAGCUGGAAGAGAUCGCUCAGACAACAGGCACAGGCAGCAAGGCUCGGAAGGUUGACCUUCUGAAGGAGCUCUUUGACCAAGCGUCUUUGGAAGACACAAAGACGCUGCUGAAGCUUUUGACUCGGUGGGGCCUUCCUCGUGCUGUCCAGCUACGAGUUGGGUCAGCCAUGCUGCAAGCCUCAGUUGGGGACAUGAAGCUGCGCGUGAAAGCGCCUGAGGAGAAAUUGGCCACUUGGCUGGCUGCGGGAGAAGUCGCCGACAUUGGGGAAGGUUGGCAAAGGCUUCUUCAAGCGGAGAAGAAAAAGUCCUCAUGCGAGGAUUUCACGGUCCAAGAGGUUUGGAAGGAGCUGCUCAAGUUCAACGAAAUCGAAGAGAAGGGGGCUGUAGCCCAGCGGACACUUCUUGCAGCGCGGCUGGCAAACGGCUGUGGCCGCAAGUGCCCAGCAGGUGCAAAGUACAUCUGCCGCAUGAUGCUGGGGCAAAGCCUUGCCAUUGGGGCCUCGGAUAAGACGUUGGCUCUGGCGUUCGCAAAGCAGACUCGAGUUCCCAACGGUGGAAAAUUGCUCGAGCUGCUUGAGUUGAACCCUGACAUCGAUGCAGUUGUCGAUGACCUGAUGGCCGGCGUUGCGGGAUCGGGUGGGUCGCAAAGCGUGCGCCUGUGGUCGCCCAUCUCGCCCUCGACGGCAAGUCCAGCUAAAAGCAUCGCCGAGGUGCUAGAAAAGGUGAGGAGGAAGAGCAGCCGCGCCGCUUCUGGCUGGAGAGCUGAGUGGAAGUACGAUGGCGAAAGGCUGCAGAUACAUGCGGAACGAGGGAAGAAGGAAGACAUCCGCUUCGAGCUGUUCUCCAGAAAUCUGAAGAACGUCACUGCUCGCUUCCCGGAGAUCGAAGACAGCCUGCGCGGCUGCUCUUUCAAAAGCAUCAUUCUUGAUGCAGAGGUUGCCGCGGUAGACGGAGACAGGCUUCUUCCGUUUCAGAUCCUGGCGCGACGGCCGCGGGAAGCCACGCCCGACUCAAAGCGCUCGGAUGUUACGUUUUUUGCAUUCGACUGCCUGUUUCUGGACGGGACGUCGCUGUUGCAAAAGCCACUGGUGGAAAGACUCCAGAUGAUGCACAUCGGCCUGAGCCGGCGCAAGGCAGCAAAGUCUGCCAAAGCGAAGAGCCAGUUGAAAUUUGCCGAGGGUACCGAGUUUCAAGGUGAGGAGGACCUGCAGAACGCGCUGGAUGAUGCGAUCAAGUCCUCCACAGAGGGCCUGGUCCUCAAACAGAUGGAUGCGAAAUACCAGCCCGGAGUCAGGACUUCGAACUGGCUAAAGCUGAAGAAGGACUAUCUGGACAGUGCCCUCAGUGAUUCCAUUGACGCAGUGGUGGUUGGAGUUAAGCGUGGAAGUGGGAGGAGAAGCAGCGUCUACGGAUCCUACUUGCUGGCGGUGAGGGCAAGCGACGAUGUGAGACCAAGAUACCAGACCUUGUGUGCAGCUGGCACGGGUCUGACCGAUCAGGAGCUGGAGGAGUACUACAAGCUUUGCCAGCCAUUGGUGGACGAUGGUGAUUCAGCCCCUGCCAGCCUGGAGACGACGGGAGCGAACCCCGCAGAGUGGCAGUGGAUCUCCGAUAUCUCCAAGGCUCCGGUGAUGGAGGUAGUCGGAGCUGACUUGACGAUCUCCCGCAUACACUCCUGUGCUGCUGGGCGACUACGGGGCUUUGGUGCGGAUGAGGAAAGCGGCCUGGCGCUGCGUUUUCCUCGCAUCUUGAGAUUGCGGAGUGCAGAUGACAAGAGCGCGGCGCAGGCGACAACUGCAGAACAAGUGCUCGACAUGUACGAGAAGCAGCCAGCAGUGAGUGCAGGAAGAAAGAAGCGAGCAGGCAAAAGGCAUUGUGCGAGAGAGGCAUUUUGUCCCUUUACGCAAAGCACGUGGAGAUAUGCGCCAUUCAAGAGUUCUAAACUUCUAAACCCUGCAGCCUCGCGGCGGCUGCCUGUUGAAGGGUGGGCAAAGCGGGGCUAUGUCAGCGAACCUCACCGUUCGAGCUCGCCCCCAGCUCGCCCCCAGCUCGCCCCCAGCUCGCCCUCUCGCAAGCCACCAUCAGCCCGGCAUCCUGCUGACCAAGCCCAUGGCAUGCAAUGA